UCUAUAUAUCUAUCUGUCUCUCCUCCCAUAAUUUCUCUCCAUCCCUUGUUUCCAUUCCAUUCCUUGAACAAAGCAGAGAAAAUAAGGGGAGAGAAAUUAAAGCCCCAGCAGAAAAAGUCCCUUCCUAUCAAAAACUGCAUUACCUUCCCCGCCGGAGACGCAGCUGAUAUCUCACCCUCACCUCCUUUUUUCACCUCCUUCUUAUUUUCCCAUUUCACUAUGAACAACAACCACAACCACAGCCACAACAACAGCACCAUCACCACCACCACCACCAUCACCAACUCAUCAAGAAAUGGUAGCAGACUCAGCAGCGGCAGCACCACUCAGGCAUGCGCCGCAUGCAAGUACCAACGCCGGAAAUGCGCGCCGGACUGCAUCCUCGCGCCGUAUUUCCCCCACGACCGCCAGCACCAAUUCCUCAACGCUCACAAGCUAUUUGGCGUCAGCAACAUCACCAAAAUCAUCAAGUACCUUGACCCUCCGCUGAAGGAUCAAGCCAUGCGCACCAUUAUCUUCCAGGCUGACAUGCGCGCCACCGAUCCGGUCGGCGGCUGCUAUAAGUACAUCCAGGACCUGCAGGCUCAGAUCGAGUACCACACCGCGGAACUCGACCUCAUCCUUCAACAGCUAGCCAUUUUCAGAGCUCAAGCCCAAGCCCAACAACAACACCAACAUCAACAACAUGUCUAUGGUGUUGAUCAUGUGAUGAAUAAUGUGACAGAUCCGUUGAGUUUGUAUACCAACCAACCUGCAUCUUAUAAUCAUUAUCCUCAUCAACAAGUGCAGCCACAACAGGAUCAGUAUGUGAUGGUGCAUGAAGCUACUGGGGUUAAUAAUGAAAAUGGCUGCUCUACCCCUUUGCAAGAACAUAUUAACACGUGGGCUAUGCACAAUUCUAUGUCCCUUUCAUCGCUCUCGUUGCAGGGGCAGAGUAGUAAUGCAAGCGAUGAGUAUGAUCACAAGCCAAUGCUUGACAUGCCUUCUGAUCAUGAAAGAAGUAAUGAGUUAGGAGGAUUCGAUUCUGAAGAUUUAGUUCAUAGUGAUGAAGCAGUUUUGUUUAAGAUAGACGACACGGUGAUAAAAGCGGAGGCUGAUUGCAUGCAGCAAGCCCAAGACCAUGAUCUGAAAGAGUAAACAUUUUUGACGUAAGAAGCAGAAAGUUCCCCAAGCUUUGGCUUAAGAGAAAUAAGCUGAAGAAUACAAGGAAUUUUUUCUUUUUGCAGUGCCAUUACGGAUUGGUAUCAAGUUGGGGUCCUAAAUAGAAUUGUUUUUGGCACAUCUAAAACAAUAAGGAAAAUUCAGAACACACAAAACAAUGUAUGAUUUUGAUAUUGGCAUGUAACAGAUGAAUUGCACUUAAAGUUUUUGCCAGAUUGUUAACACACAUGGAGGUUGAAAGAGAUGUCAAUCAAAUCAUUUUCAUGCCAAAGUUGGAGACUGCAAGGCAUGAUGCUUGCAUUCAUGUUUGGCUGCGAACAUGCAUAACGAUGACGCUCCUACUCCUAGCCUCUAAUUUCUAAAUGGAAAAUGUUGGGGUAGAUAUCCAAUAGGUUCCAACAGAAAAGAAAGAAAAAAUGGAUGUAAUACGAUAAAAUGAGGAAGAUAGAGAGGUGUAGAGCGUUAGUAUUGUUUAGGUGACCAACCUAUCUGUCUUCUUGUAAAACCUCAUGGCUUCUAAGACUUUUGAAAGGGAC